CGUUGGGGUGACUUGUGUCUUCCCUAUUGACCUGGCUAAAACCAGGCUACAAAACCAGAGACCAGGUCAACAGGUCUACAAAAGCAUGGUUGACUGCCUUGUGAAGACAGUUAGGUCGGAGGGGUACUUUGGCAUGUACAGAGACCCCUGGGAUUUUGAAGGCUAGCCGAUAUGGCGCAGCCACGCUGGAGGCAAAUCCUUUAAUGGUUCUUACUACACUGCUCUUAUUCAUGAACAUAACUAGGCACAGGUCUUUGUUUGAAUGUCUUAUGAUGGUAUGUCUUCUGUUUCCAUGUCUAUCUCGUAAAAACCGGCCACUCUUUUUUGGCCUUCCUCUGUCUUUUGUUUUGUGUUUAGCCUGUUUGGUGAGCAAUAGCUGUGCCCUUAAAGACUGGAGGAGGGUGGUGGGGUGUUUUUAAAAACCUCCGUGGCAACCAGACUGAAAGAAUCUUGCCUUUAGCGGUUGGCCAUGAACCCCUUCCCCCCCAGUCUGAGUGCAUGAAGGACCUGGCUCCUUUCCCACGCCAUUGUCUCUUUACCCAAUCCAUUCUAAUAUUGUUCUCCUUCACUUAUUAACCCCCUAACCCAUCAUUCAUCACAUAAACAUAAUUGUUCUAUAUUGAAUAACAAGUGGGUCAGUUUUCUCUCUGCUCUAGUUAUUCUUACGUCACGCUACGUCCUUCCUUCUCUCCGUUCUAACAUGUUCCUAAUCCACCUCUCGGCCCCUCCCCCCUUCUUCAAUCCUCCAUCCUUGAGCAUCUCUUUCUGGAUUUCAUUCUGUUAAUCAGAUUCUAUUGGUUGAGUAAAUUAAACCUACUGUUAGUCGACCCUGGUUAUGAAUGCGUUUCUUUGCUUGUCAUGUGGUCACACGGUCGCAAAGUCGUUGCUCACUCCCAAUGUUUUUCUCCUCAGGUGCUGCGGUCAAUCUCACCCUGGUCACCCCUGAGAAGGCCAUAAAGCUGGCUGCCAACGACUUCUUCCGCCAUCACCUCAGCAAAGACGGUAAGGGGCUGACGGUGCUCAGGGAGAUGCUGGCCGGCUGCGGGGCGGGCCUGUGUCAGGUGGUCAUCACCACCCCCAUGGAGAUGCUGAAGAUCCAGCUGCAGGACGCUGGAAGAAUAGCUGCCCAGCGGAGCCCCGGCGUCAUGAGCUCGGUGAAGCUGGUCGUCCCCAACCCCAUACUGACCCGCUCCUACAAUGUGGCGGCCUCGCCGCGGCCCGCGUCGGCCAUGCAGAUCGCCCGGGAGCUGCUCCACACCCAGGGCAUCCAGGGCCUGUACCGGGGCCUGGGGGCCACCAUCAUGAGAGACGUUCCGUUCUCAGUGGUGUACUUCCCGUUGUUCGCCCACCUGAACCGCCUGGGGAAGCCCAGCUUAGAGCAGCCCCCCCCUUUCUACUGGGCCUUCCUGUCCGGCGCCCUGGCCGGCUCCACGGCCGCCGUCGCGGUGAACCCUUGCGACGUCGUGAAGACAAGACUGCAGUCCUUGAGCAAAGCGGGCGGUGAGGAGACGUACACGGGCGUGGUGGACUGUAUACGGAAGAUCCUGCAGAAGGAAGGACCGUCGGCGUUCCUGAAGGGCGCGGGCUGCCGGGCACUGGUCAUCGCCCCUCUUUUCGGUAUUGCACAGGUCAUGUACUUCCUGGGAGUGGGAGAGUACAUCCUAGAGAACUCUCCUCUCAGCCUCAUGUCCACAUAAGGAGAAUGCGUUGAAGCGUCCCCCGUCAAGCAGGCUGACUAUGCAUUCCCCCCCCUUCCCCCAAGAUGAGAGGAAGUCUGUUUGACCACGGAUGGGCAGCUAUACACCGAAUCAGUGUGCCAGAGGAACCCUGGAGGCGAUGCGGGGUUACGCACUUUGAUACACUUCACAUGUUUCCCUGAUCCAGCCAGUGACCAAUGGCAGUAUAGUUUGGUUUGUUCCAGGCUUGUACGACUCCAGAAUGCCGUGUUCUGUAUGCAUCUUGUGUACGUCUUGGUUUUCCCUCUGUGAGGGAAAGAAGAUCUAAAAGUGAACGUAUUCUUUUUUUUUUUUUUGGUCAAAAAAAUGCUUGACAGCAGUACUGUGUAGUCUUAUUUAUAUCUGACUGAAAUACUUGUUAAAGCAGAAGGGCUGUUAUUUAUAUUUAUUUUUUAAAGAAUAACUUAAACUUAAUGGCUCUACUAUUUGCUUUGACUGAUAUAUUUUUGAUACAUUUUAGAGUGUUUUUUUCCAUUGGACCAUCCAGCCAACUGUCUAGUCUUUACUUGAGGUGUUACAUGUACUGUUUGUUUUGCCAAUACUUGAGAUGCAGAAUUCCACACAUAAUACGGGUUUGUCCAUGUAAACUCAAAAUGGUGGUGAGACCAUAGCCCGUAGCCUAAGCCUCAAACAUUCAUACAUUCAUCUUUUUAGUUUGUUUUAUUAAAAUGGUCAGUUAAUAUUUCAAUAAGACAAUCUGUAUUAUGUUCCAACAAAAUGUUUUCUACGUGUGUCAUAUGUGGAUUUCUAGCUAGCUAUUUAAAUAAAGCACAGCUCUCUCUGGCUGAGU